AUGCUCCCGAGCGGUGUCGUGGAUCGAGAAGCUGCUGGUGAGGUCCCUCCGCGCCGCGGACGCCCGUGCGGGUCGCAGCAGUCCCGCAGCGUGGCGCAGCACGUGCGCCACACGUGUGCCACGGCUGGGAAGGGCCGGCUGUACCCGGCGUACAGCCUGAGCGGCUCGGAAGGCGAGCCGGGCGCGGCGUCGGUGGCGGCGCCGGACUACCGCUCGCUGCGGCACCCCGCCCACCACCACCGCGAGCGCGACCGCGACCGCGACCUCCACCACCACCAGCUGUACGGGCACUCCGUCCAGCCGCAGUACCAGCACCAGCUGCAGCACCUGCACCACCAGCAGCAGCAGCAGUACGCGCAGAUACAGGCCGGCGGCGGCGCGGCGGCCGGCGGCGGCGGGGGCGGUGGGGGCGGCGGCCUCUCGGACACGCCCACCUCCGAGAAUGCGUCCGACGCUACGCUGACCGACUCCGAGCUCGCCCUCGCGCGCGACUCCACGCUUCUCGUCCACAACGGUGAGUCAAAGACACGGCCGCUGUCAUCGGGGCCCCGGAAAAACCUCUCCGGCAAGGUACAAGAGCGCGCGCCUGCUUCUAAACCAGACGCUGCUUGCUUUGAGCCUCCCCGUCGGCGAGUUUAUUUGCGGAUUUGUCGGGAGGCUGAAAGGACCGCAGCAUUCCGGUGGCUUUGUGUUAACGUUGCGUCUUUGUGCGUGCGUUUGUACUCGAAUGUGUGUGACUGCACCCACACUCAUCAGUAAGUUUUCAGACGUAAUGUUUCUACCUGACAUCAUCAGAAAACUUAAAAAAUGGAAUAUCGAAGUUUCGGGCUAGCGCUCAUGAUCAAAAUUACACCUCAUUCCCCAGUGCCAAUAUAAAAUCUUCUAACUACUGUGGUAGGCACCUGUAACCACCUUAUAUUCGGCAAAACACCCAAAGUUGCACCAUCCACCCCGCCCCACUUUCCCCAAUCCUCGCCUUCGUUAAAUCACGAAAAGGCCGCAGGAGGUAAGAUAAAGAGCAUCUAUGAAACCAUCCCUUCCCUAGCGGCGUUCAUUUUCAGCAUUUUGGGCUCGAAAAUGACAGUUUGCAAUGCGAUGUACAACUGGACGACCAUCUUGACAAAAUUUGCCACUGCUGACACCCACCGGCCAAGUUGACACUUUUCUAAGGACGUCGCCGGGCUGUAACCGCAUUGAACAUGACUUGGCCCCUUUGCAGUGUAGCGUGACCACAGGUUUUGUUUUGAUACGUAGGGUGGAACCGCCAGGAACUGUUCAGAUCCAUUUGACGAUAUUUGAAAGAGAUCUGAAGCAGAGAAGGGUGUUUAUGCUUUCUCAUGCCUACAUUUUUGUCCUGUACAAUGGCGUCUGUUUGGGGUGGAUGUGUCAUUGAAAUGCGCAUAGAUAAAACGGCAAAGCGUCCCUCUAACAGCACUCAGUUUGACAACACAAUCGGUGUCAUUGCACUCCUUUGUUGGCCACUUUAAAAAUAUCUCUGUACACAGACAUCCAUCUACCGAUCUCUGCCCGCCAUCCAGGUGGGUAACCCAAUCGACACCCCUACGAUUUCGCAUGCUGCUAGCACGCGCCAGUCCGGAGCGGGUUCACGACAGUCAGCCUAUGGGUCUGGAUCGUUGAAUGAGUGUCUCUGUACGGGACAGUUAUAAAGUGCCCAGCAGAGGUGCUUGUGUGGCAUCAAGGGUUUACCAAAUCGGGGGAGGGAUCUUAAGGCAGCCUUUGUCAUUUCAUUUACAUGUGUUUCAAUGUCGCACCCUUCCAUACACACACAUGCAAGGUACAGAUGAAAAAGCAUAAACAAACUUUUCUGCUUCGGAUCACCUUCAAAUUUCGCCGAAUGCUUUUGAACAGUCCCUACUAGUUUCAAACUGCAUACCAGAGCAAAACUUGCUGUCUGUCCUCCAUCACAGAGGCGUCAAACGAAGGGGUGAAAUAUGGGUAGAAAGUGGUGUCGUCGUGUAACAUGACCA